AUGGCGGUGAAUUAUGCAGGGUGCAUACCCCCCGAGCUUCUGGAAAAGAUAGUGGUGAUGGUCCUGAUGUCGGAGGAGACUAAGGAUGCUUCCCCAGGGCUGAUGGACCCGCCUGUCCCCGUCGCAGAGGAGGAGUCCAUGCAGUUAGCAAAGCAGAGUGCUGCGAGCAUGGCGCUGGUCUGCAAAGACUGGAAGGAUGCCAUGCGGUCGGUGGGCUGGAAUGCCCUUCUCUCAAAAAGGCUCAAGGGGUCCGUCCCGUGCGUGCCGGCAGACGCCCUGUGGCUCCUGCGGCUGUUGCGUGGGCAUGCUGGGGAUACUAUGAACGUGACGGAAGCGAGGGCGUAUUUGAGGGUGACUUCGCGCGACCUGCAAGCUUACAGGGAGGCCCAGGGCUUUCCCAACGUCGUCGGGUUCCGCUACGAUCUGGCGCUGUUGGUGGAAGUAGCCGCGGGGAAGCACGGCGGGGUGUCUGGUCUGCGGGCGUACAUUUCCAGGCUGGAGGUGCGAGCGGCAGCGGCGGCGCGUGCGGCGCAGCGGAGGGAAGACGCUAGGGAGCGAGAGGUGCAUAAGAUCUUAAAGUCGUUCGACCCUCGAGUGUCGAAGUACGUGAACACCUUCGAUUAUGUGAAGUUGGGGCUAGGGAAGGCGGAUGAGAUCAUCAGGCAGGCCGCCGGCAUCCACAAGGACCUGAAGACAGCCGAUGACAUGGCGCGGGUGGCGCACGUGGACUUACGAAAGGAUGACCUCUGCGACGUGUCCCUCGGUCUCUUUUUGAAAGGGGAAAAGAGCAAGUUGGAACUGGCGUGCGUCUUCAUGAGGCGGAUGGAGGUCGAUGUCAUCGGCAUCCCGUCCAAAUCGACUACGGACCACUCGCUGAUCGUCCGAGGGGGCACCUGGCAGUUAUGUGGUCGUACUUUGGAGGCUGAUCUGGUAAAGUACCAUGGCAAAGACCUUGUGUUCAAGGCAUUCUUUCAGGAUCAUGAAACAGCAGAGCAGGAUAUCAUCAAUCCACCAUGCCCCUUGGAGUCAUUCCUGGAGCCUUGUGAAAAGAGAAGUCGAUCCAGGGCUGUGCUGGAGCAUUAUUUUCUCAAAACCUCUCCUGUCCUGGAGCUGGUCAAGCCUUUCCCUCUAAGUAAGGAUAUCCUGCCUGACAUGCUCAAAGAUCCCGAGAAGUCCUCGCUCAGCUUUAUUGCAACUGACAAGGGGUUCUAUACAAAGGCCCAUGUAGAUUUUACUGGCACUGUGGGUUGGAUGGCGCUUCUCAGGGGUCAGAAGCAAUGGAGUUUUUGGAAUCCACACGGGCCUAACAAGGAGGCUUUCUUGGCAGCACUCAAAACAGGGGGGGAAAUGCCAAAGCCUGACAUUACGUUCGUUGCCAAUGCGGGGGACCUUGUGAUAGUUCCUGCUGGGUAUGGACAUGCUGUCAGCACCACCAUGCAUUCAGUGGGGAUAGGAGGGUCUUGUUUCAUCGCAGAGCAGAGCCUGGCGGGGUUGGGGGUGGCAUUGAAAGCUGAUGUGAUAGCUCGCAGCUUGUCUGUCCAGGAUGGGAAGAAAGAGGUCAACCGGCAGCGGUGUGGGAUUGCUGCUGUCCUGGGAGUCAGCCUGCGGCAGCUCUCGGAGAAGGAAGCAGCCGUGGCCUCAGAAGCAGCAGCUGCAGGGGGGAGUGACUCUGCGGUGAAGGCAAGCAGGUUGUACCAGCACGUGCAUGCACCUAAGAGGAGAAGGGGGAAGAGAAAGAAAACUUCUUUUUCUCAGCACAAGAGGGAGCAUGUCAAAUCCUGUACCCAUCCAGAGCACGUGCCAGGGAAGAGCAGGCUGCUGAAUAAGCGAGGUAUCCGGGGCCUCUGGUAUGGGGAGGAGGUGAUCAUGUGCGACCCGUGUUACAGGGCGUUUAAGAAGCAAGAAACACUUCAUAGCAUUGUAAAGCCAGGGCAGCAGAUGUCAACAUCCAGUUGA